GGUAACGUGACUUCCUGGUAACGUGUUAGGUAGGAAAAGCAGUAAAAAAGUGCAUAUUAAGGGAGCAGAUUUGAAAUAAUAUUUAUACUUAACAAGAAAUAAUUAAAGGUUCAAUGGGGAGACCUAAAGAUUUACGCAUAUGGGAGCACUACCGUACUUUACCAAACAAGUCUGUUUCUUGCAAGCUUUGUAAUAAGGUCUACAAAUUCAGUAAUGCUGCCAAAAUGCUUCAACAUCUUAUCACUUGUCCAAAAUCUCCAGAAACAUUAAAAGACUCUAUGAAACUUAUAAAAGAUAGCUCGUCCAAAACCAAAAUGUCUGGACUGUCAGAGAUAGAGACAAAUGAUUCUUUUAUAAGCCCCUCGUCGUCUGCUAACACUACAAUAAAUGCUGAGUUUCAAGACACCGAUGAUCAUAUAAAAACAGAAUUAGCGAGAGCUAUAUUUGUAACAGGGACGCCAUUAUCGAUGGUGCAACAUCCUUUAUGGAUACAAUUUUUCGAAAAAUUGCAACCAAAAUUUAAAAUACCUUCACGUAAAGCUUUAGCGACAAAAUACUUAGAUAAAAUAUAUAGAGAAAUGCGUUUUGAGUUAAAUGAGGAACUAAAUGCUUGUAGUUACUUACACCUUCAGUGCGAUGGCUGGUCUAAUUUAAGAAAUGAAGGAAUAAUAAACUUUCUUAUAUCAAAACCUCAACCUGCAUACGUUAAAAGUUUGAAUACAGAAAGUAAUCCUCACACUAGUGAAUACCUUAGCCAAGAAGUUGAAAAAGUAAUGAAAGUGUAUGGAGCAAAUAAGUUUCUUGUACUUAUUGGCGAUAACGCUAGAAAUAUACAAAAGGCAUUCGAAUUAACAAAACUCAAAUAUCCACAUGUUGUUCCUCUCGGUUGCUGUGCACAUAUCCUUAACUUGUUGUGCCAAGAUAUUGUAAAGAUACAAGAAGUAACUGUGUUUAUUAUGCAAGCCAUAAAUAUAAUAAAAACUGUUAAAAGGAGUCAACGAUUAAGUUCCUUGUUGAUAAAAUCAAGGCAGGGUGAAGAUUCUACACAAACACUAAAAUUGCCUUGUGCUACAAGAUGGGGAAGUCAUGUUACUUCGUUAAAAAGUUUGAAAGCAAAUAAGAUAGCUUUGCAAAUAUUAACAGUUAGAGAAGAUGUGGUAAUUUCAAGAGAUAUUAAAGAUUUAAUUCUAAGUGAUGAUUUCUGGACGAAGACAGGGGAAUGUAUAAGUAUUUUGGAACCAGUCACUGAAAGCAUAUUUUACUUAGAGAGCGACCAGAAUCGUUUGCAUCGCACAUACAUUACAUUUAGAGAUGUACAAGCUAAGAUACGUUUUGCAUUAAAUGAGAUUUCGACAUUGAGCGAAGAAAGCAAACAGCAGAUUCUAACAUCAGUAUCUUCAAGAUGCAAUAUGGCAAUGAGGCCAAUACAUUUUGCAGCAUAUAUUCUAGACCCCAGGACUCUAGGAGUCGAACUUACUCAAGAGGAAGAACUUAAGGGUAUGGAGUUUAUCUACAAUUUAAGCCAACACUUAAGUUUGUCAAAUGUAAUGGCAGAUUUGGCGUGUUAUAAAGCUAAAGAAAACUUUUGGGCCAGAGGAUUUGUAUGGAGCUCAUUAGAUAGCAUUGAGCCCCUAAUAUGGUGGAAAGGUAUUUGUGGUUCCACUGAGUUAAGCAAAGUAGCGAUUCGUAUUCUAUCAGCUCCCUGUACUUCGGCAGCCACUGAGCGUUCCUUUAGUAUCCAAGGCUACAUACAUAAUAACAAAAGAAAUCGACUUACAACUGAAAGAACUGAAAAAAUUUCAUUCAUUUGUUGUAACUGGAAUCUUAAACAUAAAGCUGAAUGCGAGGACAUUCAGUUUAAUGAAGAAAAUACCUUAGAAGCUUUCAUUGAGCAAGUAAAUGAACAUAACAGUUUAGACGAAAUAGAGCCUAUCGAACCUAUACAAUUCAUCGCUUGUAAUAACUCUGAAUCUGACAGUGAUUGACUGUAGUUUUACAUUUUACUUUCAUCUCUUUCUUAAUAAACUCAAAAUCAAAUUAAAAGUUUUUUAUUCUGUAGGCUGCAUAAUAAUAUUGUCUAUGUCCAGUAUAGUGGACGUCUUGCGGCUGAGAUGACGAUGAUGAAGUACAAAAUCAUAAACACCCAAAAAUUUGGGUGUUUAUGGGGUUUAAACCCAAUAAACCCAAAACACCCGGUUUUUACCCACCAGACUUUAAACCCACCCAGGUGGAUUGCCC